AUGCAGGCACCCACGAACCCUGCCCAGACUCCCACGAUCCCGCUGGCUCUUUGCUUACGCAGGCCGCCACAUUUGCAGCACCCGCAGCUCCAGUCAGAGCCCCGCUGUCCCCCAACCCCGGCCUCUACUGCCCUCGGUGGGCCGAGCGGAGCUGCGCGAGCCGCGAGCCCAGCGGAAGCGCGCAGGGGACCGUCCUCAGGGCCCCGCGUGCUGCGCAGGCGCGAGGAGCGAGGCGUUGCGGCGGGCGCCAUGGCCUGUGUCAACUCGGUGCCUAAACUCUACAGAUCUGUUAUUGAAGAUGUGAUUGAGGGAGUGCGGGAUCUAUUUGCUGAAGAGGGUGUAGAGGAACAAGUGUUAAAAGACCUGAAGCAGCUCUGGGAGACAAAGGUUUUGCAGUCUAAAGCAACAGAAGACUUCUUCAGAAAUAGCAUCCAUUCACCUCUGUUCACCCUUCAGUUGCCACACAGCUUGCACCAAACGUUGCAAUCACCAGCAGCGUCGUUAGUUAUCCCUGCUGGUAGAAGUCUUCCCAGUUUUACCUCAGCAGAACUGAGCACCUCAAACUCCAGUGCAAACUUUACUUUUCCUGCUUAUCCUAUUCAUGUACCAGCAGGUGUGACACUACAGACUGCAUCUGGUCACCUUUAUAAAGUCAAUGUACCAAUUAUGGUGACACAGACUUCUGGAAGAACAGGUGUUCUUCAGCAUCCAAUUCAGCAAGUAUUUCAGCAGCUUGGGCAGCCUUCAGUGAUGCAGACCAGUGUUCCACGACCGAGCCCAGGUUCUCUUCAGGCAUCUAGCGAAAAGUCACAGGGAACAGAAACUGUGCUCCAACAACCCCCAGUUCUUCAUUCUGUAACAGUGGACAGGAAACAUUUAGAAAAUGCCACCAGCGAUACACUUGCACCUCCUGGAAAUAAGCAUAAAAUCACGUCCGAAGCUUUGUUGAGUCAGCCAGAGAGCUCUCAGUAUAUCCGUAUUCCAGGUGUUGUAUUUCCUGCACGGGUUUCUCAAACGAAUGAUAACGCGGAGACUUUGCGCAGUGUUUCAGGGAGCGCAACUCAAAACCUGCAUGGACCCUUCUCCACGGGCCUUCAGGGGCCUCAGCACCAGCACAAGUCUGACGUUCAACUUCCUUUUGUUCAAAAUAGAAUGUUUGGAUGUGAUUCUGUAAAGCAGUCAAGAAGGAUAGAGGAGCCCAGCAGCUUACCUGUUUCAGAGAAGGAUUAUAAUUCUGAGACAGGUAUAAGCAUUCAAGUAACCGAUGAUGAUAUUAAUGAAAUAAUUCAAAUAGAUGGAACUGGUGAUACAUCUUCCAAUGAUGAACUAGGAAGUACAAGGGAUGUAGAUGAGAAUGAAUUUUUAGGGAUUAUUGAUGGAGGAGACCUGAAGGUACUUGCAGGAGAAGUCGACAAUAUAUCAAGUGGAAAUUCAACUGUUAACAGCAGUGAUAAUGAAGACCCUCAAAUAGACAUUGUGGAAGAGGACCCUUUAAAUUCUGGAGAUGAUGUGAGUGAGCAGGACGUGCCAGACCUGUUUGACACGGACAAUGUGAUUGUCUGUCAGUACGACAAGAUUCACCGAAGCAAGAACAAAUGGAAAUUUUAUUUGAAAGAUGGUGUUAUGUGUUUCGGAGGGAGAGACUAUGUGUUUGCAAAAGCCAUUGGUGAUGCAGAGUGGUAAAAUUUAUGAGCUCAAUACAUCAUAAACAUCAGUGGGACUAUAUUAUGUAUUGUGAAACUUAUUUUUAUUUAAAUAUAGUCCACAGAGCUGCUCAAAUAUUUAGUUCACUGUAUGGAAUUUAAUAAAGUUGUAAUUCAGAUGCAGAUAUAAAUAUUCAGUUUUAUAUUUGUUUCAUUUACUAAUUUUAAAAGUUUCUUUAAAAAAAAACCCUCAUUAUCUGUACCAUUACAAAGCAUAUAGAUACAUUAGGUGUGAUGGAGCAUGAAGAAAUGUCACAUUUAUUUCAUCUUGAAGUAAAAUUUAAAUCCCAUUCAUAGUGAAGUCAAUGUCAGUUAUUAGAUUGGGGCCAGUGUUCCUCUUGCCUCCCACCAAGUAAGUAGCAGGAUAUUCAAGAAGACCUGUCUGGGUCUUUUAGUCUACACUCCUUGCUAGUGAUUUGCUGAUUGAGCAAGCCCAGAUGGUCCCUUGGAGGCAGAUGCCUCUUCUAAGCACAUACUAUACAUGAACCUGUAAAUUUGCUGAGGCAAGGGUUCCUGAUCUAAGAGUCAGCCUCUCUGAGCUUACCCAGGUCAUUCUUGUAUCCUCCUGUUUCUCUGGGGAAUUAUGAGGGAGGAAUGGAUUAGGUUCCUGUUCUACUUCUUGAAACCUCACACUUCUGUCCUCUUCCUAGCCAGGGUGGGUUUUCCCUCUCUUCUUAAUCUUGUCCUAUUUUUCUUACAGUGCAAAGCCCCUUUGCAAACUAUUUCUCUCUCAAAGAUACUCCCUUUCUUCCUUCUUUCUAACGGGGAAUUCCCUCCUAACUGAGGUUAGGCUUUCUAAAACAUCAGUCAGGAAGAGACAUUCUCUUCAGGAACCUCUGCUUUGAGCAGAUGAGAUUGCCUAAUCUUAUCUGCAACAGGAAGACCUGGAUAACUGUUUUAAAAUCAUAGAAAAAAAAUGUAAAACACAAACAACUCUCAUUUUCCUGCACUGAUAAAAACAAAGCAAAUUGUCUCCCAAAUUAUUCUGUAAUAUUCUUUCCCUUAGUAGAUUCAAAUCCAUCAAAGGAAUAUUUUCUUCAUCCUUCAGCUUCUCUUAAGGGGUAGAGUAUACAUGUUCUCUAAAGUUAGGAUCCCUAGUUUCUGCUCUGAACGGUGUUCUCCAGGACCACACUCUUCACACACAAAGCAGUGCUGGGAUGAGUGGGUUAUAGUCUGUGAAAGGUCCUAAGGAUUGGAUCCUGGGUCUGGCAGGUCACAGGGUGAAUUCCCCAUUUCCUUUUCAAAGGCAACCCCAAUUAGAGAGUUUUAUUUAUUGUAGCACUUGUUUUAUUUUGCCCAAGGGACUCAGCUAUUAUGGCAGAUCAUUUAAAAAUCUGGAUAAAUCUCUCUGGGUCAUGGACAACAUAUGUGGGGUACUAUCUUUGGUCUGAAGUUGGCAGCUGCAUGAGGUUCAGUUUGUACUAGUAAGUAAGCUGGUCCCCUAACCAGAUUUUCCAGCUGUGUCCUCUUCAUCCUCAGCACAAUUGUUCUUUACCCUACCACCACUGCUAUUCCCAAUCCUUCUCUAUCUGUUGAGAACUUCCAGGUGCUCUGGGUUCUCAUUGGAUGUUGCCUACUAUGAAAUGGUCAUCUUUUCUACAUAAAAAGCAAAAAGAGGGUGCUUUUUUUUGUGUCUAUCCUUGAAAGUAACCCUGCCAGGGCUGAGGAUUACAUUUUGUAGUCUGUCUUCUUCCCAGGCUCAUCCAGCUACUCUGUAUGUGCUUUAGACAAACGUUAUUGUAAAUUAAGGACUGAAUUUAUUGACAAGGUGAAUUCACUUGGGAAUUGGCCUUUAAUAUGUUAGUUUCAGUGUUUGAGAAAGGCAGUGAUGGUUGUUUCUAAAAUUCCUUUCCUUUUUUCCAGCGUGGAUUUUAAAAUGACACUUUGCUUCAGUGAUUUUUUUUUAGUGGCAUAUUACAAAUACUACUAUUACAUAGGUUGUCUUUAUUUAUGUGGUGCAUUUUAUCACUAGAGACAAAAGUCACAGUUGUUCCAUUUGAGUCUCUGCAUGCCUUCAUGCCUCUGAUCUUUUAAAAACACACAAAAAAUCAAUUUAAAAGUUGGAUUACCACAAAAUAAAACAAAGUCCAAUAAUAAUAAUUAACCUUGCAUGCUAAUAUAUAUGAUACUUUUCAUGGUGAUUGCAGAGAGGGAGUUGUU